AUGCAAAAAAAAAAUAAUUAAUUAAUACUGUCACCCAGUGGUUUGGGAAGUAAUAUAAAACCUGGAUUGUUUUCAAAACAUUGCGAAUUGAAUAAAUUAAAUAAAUAAAAAAGUUUUAAAAUUGAGGAAACUCUAACCCCAAAAUUGUUUGAAACAAGAGAAUCAAGUUUUGCUCCUUAACCAAAAUUAUAAAAAAGUUAAAGGUAUUGUUAAAUAUGAUUAAUGAUAGUGCUUCUAGAUUGCUUAUUCCUAAAGAAUAAAGAUAGGAAAGAGUUGAAAGAUAAGAAAUACAAAAAAUGCCAUCUAUUAAACAAGAUCAGAUCACUGAACUAUCAUAAAAAUUAUAUAGAGAACUUAUAGAAUUCAAUGAAUAGGCGGAUUUUGGAGGUUAAAAUGAAAUUUAAUAAUGGAGUGAGGAGAUGAUCAAAAAAUUACUCAUCAUUAAAAAUAGUUUAGAAUGUAAAUAUUUGAAUUAAAUUAAAGAAUCCGAAGUUUUUGACAAUUAAGAUAAUGUGAGCGAAAAUUAACAGUAUUUAUGUUUAUAUUUUAAGAAAUGAUAUUAUAUAGAAUUUAUAGAAGGAAUUAAAUGAUGAAAGGAAGGAAAGAUACAAAAUUGAAGAGGAGGCAACCAAUUUAAUUACUGAAUAAGAGUUAGAAAUUGAUAGAUUAGAAAAGCAGUUAAAAAUGUUAGAAGAAAAGCAUUCUUCAUGAUAAUUUCAAUUAAUUAUGUCAUUUAUAUAUAUUUAAAAUAAAAC